GUAAAGGUUAAGCAUGCGCAGCAUAUAACAAGUGUUUUCGUAGUUUGGUGGGUUUCGCUACAAGUUUCUUGAGUUCUUGGGGCAUGUAGAGGGUACUUGUACCUUGAAGAUAAUGAAAGAUGUAACAUCUUGGACAAUGUGAUUUUGUGAGACACCAGACAUGUCAAAGUUAAUUGCCAAAAACAAGAGUAAAAAGCUUGGGUUGUUCAAGUUUCGGAAAAGCACAACAGAUUUAUCCGAGUGGAACAAGAAUGAUGAAAAACUGCUAAAGGCUAUAGAGGUGGGAGAUGUGGACAAAGUACAGUCCCUCCUACAGAAGAAGACCCUCGUCCCCACCAAGCUGGGACCCCGGGGAUUGUCUGUAUUCCAUGUAGCAUGUGCAUCAGGUCAGAUAAAGAUCGUGGACCAGUUGUUGCAGUAUGGAGCAGAACCUAAUGUACUCACCAUACAAGGGUGUACAGCAUUACAGUUAGCUGCUAGCAAUGGAUGGCCACAAGUAGUUCACAAACUUGUUCAGAUUGGGGCUGUGGUAGACCAUAAGGAUGGUAAUAACCUGACUGCCCUUCAUCAUGCCUGUAUGGAUGCCAAGUAUGAAUGUGUCCAGGUUUUACUGCGAAGUGGAGCAGACAUCAACAUCAAGGAUAAGACUGGGAAGACAUGUUUAUUUUAUGCUGCCCAUUGUGGUGACUUUAACAUCUGUAAGGAACUCCUGGACAAAGGGGCAGAUGUCAACACAUGUGACAAUCAUAAAGUGACCCCACUGAUGGCUGCAGCAAAGAAGGGGCGUACUGAUGUUUGUGAGUGGUUACUUAAAAAAGGAGCCGAUCGAGACUUUCCUGAUGUACAAGGUCGGAAAGCACUGGAUUAUGCAAUGGAUGAGGGACAUAAUGAAAUAAAAAGAAUUUUUGAGAAAGCUCCCACUAGGGCAUCAUGGGAUUUACAAAAUGAUAUCGCUAAAUCAAAAUUGGUGCAGGGAGCUGAGGGGGGAUAUAAUACUGGGGUAAUGGAAUCAUUGCAGGCAGAACAGGCUGAUGUUGUUGAGUUUGUUCAAGAACCUUCACCAAGACCCUCCCCUAAACUGGAGCAUAGGAGUGUGGUGGAGGAGGCCCCAUCACCAAGAACAUUGUCAGCUGCCAGUUCUUCUACCCAGAAUUCAUCUGAGCAGCAGCAACUUCAGCAGCAGAGAGCCAUGGAGGCUUACAAGGAAUUAGAAGAAGAACAUGAACAACUCAAUGAAGACUUGAACAGGAUGACACUCCAGAACAGAAAGUUACAGGAUGAAGUUGUUCAACUCAGAAAACAGCUUGAACAAAAUGAGUCUAAGGUGGCAGAUGAUAAACUUGAAAAGAUGAAAGAACAGAUUGAGAUACUUGAGGAUGCUCUGUCUGUAGAGAAAGAGAAGAACCAGGAACUACAAGAGAGGCUCAUUACCAGUGAUAAACAGGGUACCAGGAAUGUAGAAAGUAAAACCACAGACGAUGCUUGGAAUGAUAAUGAGGAAGAUCUAUUUGACACUUUAGAGAGGAAAACAAAGACAGAAGAUAAGCAGACAAUUGCUAUGCUGAGAAGCAAAAUUUACACCUUAGAACAAGAACUAGAGCAACAAAAGCUUCAGAAGGAAGAAGAGAAGCAACAGAUGAGUGACGAAGUAAAUCAUUCUGGUGACUUUGACAUUGAGUCACAUGACCUGGUGGUAGGUUUGAAGGCAGAGCUGGAGGAGAUGCAGGAACGCCUGGAUGCUUUAGAGGAGGAGAAUAAGGCCCUCUCAGAUCAAGUGCUUAGUCAACAAGCAGAAGUUUUAAAGAAGAUGAGAGCCAAAGAAAAUGAGAAGGAAGGGAAAAUGCAGAAGCAGGUAAUGAUGAAUGGAAUAGAGGGUGAUGAACCAGACACUGACAGAGAUGGUAGUCCCAUUGAGGAUGUAUCCACACUAAGGGAAGAAAAUCUUAAACUGGUGGAAGAACGUGAUAAUCUGAAGGUGGAUUUGGAGAAUCUUAGGGACACUUACGACAAAUUAGUGCAAGCAGGAGACAAUCUACAGGACAUGUAUGACCAGUUGUUACUGGAGAAGGACCAGCAAUACGAGGAGUUUGAAAAACUGAUGCAGGAGAAGGAUGAUAUUGUGAAAGAAAAUGAGUUUCUUCUCUCAGAUGGUAAUGCUAUGCAUGAUGAUUUAGAAAAGCUUGUAAAUGAACUGGAAAAACUUCAGGAAAAGUACAAAGAAGUGAUGGAAGAAAAGGAAGAUUUAGAAAGGAAGCUUAGUGCUACAAACUUUUCUGGGAAAGCCAGUGAGAUGGCUAAAGUUAUGGAAGAAAGAGAUAAAUUAAAGAUAGAGAUUGAAGAAUUAAGAACUGAGAAUGAGAGUCUGAAACAUGACCAUGAUGUAGUGUUGGAAGAAGUACAGAAUGUUCAGGAACAGAACCGGCUUUUGCAGAAGGAACAAGACCAGAUUCAGGCAGACUUUGAGGAUGCCCAAAAUGAGUUUGACCAGCUUACUCAGAAUCAUGAGACUUUACAACAGGAUUAUAAUCAGCUUGAACAGGAUUAUUCGGAAUUGUUACAAGAUAAGGACAAAUUGGAGCAGGAGUUUCUGGAAGUUCAGACAGCAAGUGUUCAGGUGGAACAGCGCAAUCCAAUCCUACAGGAAGAAAAGGAGCAACUGCAGCAAGAAAAUGAAAUCCUGGCAUAUGAGAAAGAACAGCUGGAGAUGACAAUCAAGGAAUUGUCCAAGAGUAAUGCACUUCUAGAGGAAGGAAGCAGUAAGCUUAAGCAGGAGUUGUCUAGAACCCAAGAACAGCUGAAAAAAGAAGUGGCAGCCCACAGCUUUGUGCAAUCAGACCCCUUAGCAGCAGAUAAGGAGAAGCAGAUCAAAUCCCUGCAACUCCAGGUUGCACGUCUUCAGCAACAACUGGCUGAAACUGAUCGGCACCACAUGGAUGUUAUCAAUACAUAUAGAACCCACCUAAUCAGUGCAGUACAGGGACACAUGGACCCAGAUGUUCAGCAGGCUUUGUACAACAUAAUUGAACUCCGUAGUAUGGAAGAAUACUGCUAAAAAUGGAGAAGAAUUGGUGCUUGCCAAAAAAAAAAAAAUCUCAAUCUGCCAGUCAUGAAGUUGGGAAGAUCUUCCAUUAUGUAUGAAGAAGAAACAGUUUUUAGUGCUGUUUAGGAGAAAGGGGAGAUAAGAGCUGCUUUUUUAUUCAUAGGAGAUGCAGUAGGUUGCCAGUUGUUUGGAAGAAGAAUACUUGCCAUAUUUUAGUGGAUACUGAUUCCAGAUAGAUGAUUUUAGUCUAAAAAUGGAUAUGCAAAGUAUUUUUUAUUGAGUUAAAAUCUUUUUAUUACAAGAGUGUCAGAACAUGUAGUUUGAGUGCUGCAGCAAUAUAUGUGACUUAUUUAAUAUAUACAUGUAUUAUGAAUGCUUCAGCAUAUCCUGUUUAUUUUUAUGAAUGAGGUAGCUGAUGAUUUUGUCACAAGACAAUCUUCAGUCUGUUCAAAUAAUCGCAAUAAACUCAGGAAACUUUUGCUCUAUCAUACUCAUUUUGUCUAAUGCUACACAUAUAUUUUCAUAUGAUGUUAAUUUUAUACCAUUUUUCUAAAACACUUGAAAGUUGAUGUAUUGGUAGUUUUCUGAAAUGUAUAGUAGUUUAUAAACUAAAGUAGCUAAAAUUUUGUGAGCAAUGUUAUUAAUAUUUUUGACUAUCUUUAAUGUAUCUAGAGGAUCUUAGGUGCUGGGUAAAUUGAACAUUGUGUCUCAUAUUUUGAAAUAAUUGGGAGAUACUGUUGAAAGCUGAUUAACAUGAAAAAGGUUUCAUUUAUUCUAAGGGUAAAAUAUGAUUUUGAAUGUUAUGAAAGAGGAGCUGAGUUGGAAAAUGAUUACAUGUAUUUAUUCUUGGAAUAAUAUAUGUAAGAAAAAGGGGAGGCAAACUACUAAGACUUUAUAUUUUUGACAUUCCUGGAAAGUGCCACAGUAUAUAAUAUUUAUUGCACAUUUCUUUGAAAGGGUCUGAAAAUGUUACCUCAUGGUUGUCAAGAAUA